CAGAGAUCGCGAGCAUUCAUCAAGACGUGAAGAUGUUGGCAGUCGUGGUUAUUUCAUUCCUAGCGGUCGGUCUUAGCGACGGCGUGAUUUUGAGCAAAUGCGAGCUGAAGAAGCAGCUUGAAGCAGGCCUUACUCUGCAGAUGCCCAACUCUGCAGAUGUGCUGGCACAGAUCGCGUGUCAUGCCCAGCUGGCCUCUGGCUUCAAUACCGCCGUCACUAAGACGGUCCCCGAGCCUCAGGAGCCUCGUGGCGGUCACGGCCCACGCCGUGGCAGGUCUGUCCGAGGAAACAACAAAGGAGGCUCUUCCGUUAACGAAAGCGCAGAGAACAAAAACGAGGUCUGGACCCUGUACGGCUUGUUCCAGCUGAGCGACCAAGUGGCGUGCAACUCUACUCAGAGCAGUACACUGAACCUCUGCAAACUGACCUGCGACAAGCUGAUUGACGAUAACACCAGUGAUGACAUUGCCUGCGUCCAGACUCUUAUAAAUGCAGUAACUGCAAAGGUUUCUGACCCCACUGCUACGAGAGAGAUCAAUGAAAUGAUCUCCCUGAUCCGUCAGCCAGAGUGCAUGAUUAUGAAGGCAUCUUCAUACUUUCACGGCUGUCAAUAGCCCUGAAGCCCUGACCUCCGUCAGCACCCUGCUCUGUUUUUGCAUUUAUGUGCAUUUACAUUAGUAGCUUUCUUGCAAGACAACUAAAUCAAGUAGUUUGUGUUUUGUAUUAUUACUCAAUAAAACCGUUUG